AUGUCCACUGCAUCAUCAGGGGCCAAAGCCCUCAACGACUGGAGCGCAGCCCAAUACCUCAAAUUCGAGGAUGAGCGAACCCUUCCGGCACGCGACCUUCUCGCUCGAGUGCCCCUCACAUCCCCAAAGCGAGUGGUAGAUCUGGGCUGUGGCCCAGCCAACUCAACCGCCGUCAUAGAGUCGCGCUACCCCGACGCCGAACUGGUGGGGAUCGAUUCUUCCCCAGACAUGAUCCGCAAAGCCAAGGCGACACUUCCCCAUCUUGACUUUACCGUGGAAGAUCUAACCUCCUACUCGCCAUCCGGAGAAGUUGACCUCUUCUACUCAAAUGCCGUAUUCCAAUGGCUGAAGAAGGAAGAACGCUUCGAGAUCGUUAAAAAACUCAUGGCUAGCCAACCAUCCGGCGGUGUUUUCGCCCUCCAAGUCCCCGAUAACCUCGCAGAGCCGUCGCACGUUCUGAUGCGGGAAACUGCUACUUCGGGCCCGUGGGCUGAGAAGCUUGCGAGUGUUGGGAGGGAUACGUUUCAGACUCCUCAGGAGAUCUAUGAUCAGCUCAUCCCUGUCUCCUCUCAGGUAAAUAUCUUUCACACCAGCUACUAUCAUGCUCUUGAGAACCAUGCUGCUAUUAUUGAGUGGGUCAAGGGCACUGGACUGCGGCCUUUCUUGGAUCCCCUGCAGCCUGAGGAGAAAGAAGGUUUCUUGAAAGAAUAUCUCAAGCGCUUGCAACAAGCGUAUCCCGUCUGUGCAGAUAGCCGCGUGUUACUGCGCUAUCCGCGUUUGUUUGUGGUUGCUGUUAAGAAGUAA